GUGGUUUCGAAUGCAGAGUGUGCUCCCGCAAACCACCGGAGGGCUCGGAAUUGUGAGAAGCAAAGGUGGAGAAGGAAAGAGGACGGAGAAUUGCUUUUCAAUAGACCGGUUAGCGGCCGCGCGUGGCGCCUGCUGCAGGAGGAGGGGGGACAGCGGGUGGUGCUGAAAGCAUAUCUCUUUCACUCAGGCUCUGUUGCCUCUCUUUGAACACCAGCCGGAGCCCUCCCGCUCUUUCCUCUCCCAUGGAUUUAUCUUUCCCCUCGGACACAAAGCCUGCUAGUUACCCCAAGGCGGCAGCGUGAGCGGCAUGCCAAGGAGGGAGCCCAGGCUGCAGCGACUUAGGGAAGAAAACCCAGGGCAGGCCCAUGAGUGCGAAGGCUGGCCGGUGGCCGGAGCCUAACCUGCAUUAGGACCUCUCGAGGGAAGCGACGGGUCCGCCUGGAGGGCUCUUUCACCUGUGCUCGAAUUUACAGCUGCCCUCAUUUCCCUUCAGAGCAGUUGCUGUGUGGAACGGAAAUUUAGGAGAGGAUAACAAGCGUCUUUGCUGAUUUAGACCUAAUCUUGACGCUGCCUUAGCUGGACAUCGAGUAGCCAGGCAGAUAGGUUCUCCAAUACUUUACUUUUCAAUAAGAAAUUGAUACAGAUCAGUGAGAAGGCAACUCCUUUCCACCUUCUUCUCCAUUCCCUACAUGGUAUUUUAUUGUUCCGAGUUUCUCAAGACAAAGCUAGAGCGAAUUUGUGUCUCUAAUGCUGGCCACUGGCCGUUUGAAGCAGCCAAAGGUGCGUUGACCGGGACUACGUGCAGCCCUUCCUCCAGUGGGGCAUAAACCAGGGUUUUCUGUGGAAGCCCUAGUUGCAUGAGAUUCUACUGUCAGCUAUGGAGUGUUCAGGUUUUGAAGAUUACGGUCAUAUGGAUCAUCUAACUAAAUGGUACAUGGUGACACAAUGGUCCUUUAGAGAAUACAUCUGAAUUGGUGGCUAAUUUCUAGAUGUGCGACUCCACAUAGGACAUUGCUUGUUCACAUCUCUCAGAACACUCCUGAAUUUUCCCCACCAUGCUAUCUUUAUUAGCUUGAACUCCUUUCCUAAAAUGGUCCUUCUGUUGAUCCUGUCAGUCUUACUUUUGAAAGAAGAUGUCCGUGGGAGUGCACAGUCCAGUGAGAGGAGGGUGGUGGCUCACAUGCCAGGUGACAUCAUUAUCGGAGCUCUCUUUUCCGUUCAUCACCAGCCUACUGUGGACAAAGUUCAUGAGAGGAAGUGUGGGGCGGUCCGUGAACAGUAUGGCAUUCAGAGAGUGGAGGCCAUGCUGCAUACCCUGGAAAGAAUCAAUUCAGACCCCACACUCUUGCCCAACAUCACACUGGGCUGUGAGAUAAGGGAUUCCUGCUGGCAUUCGGCUGUGGCCCUAGAGCAGAGCAUUGAGUUCAUAAGAGAUUCCCUCAUUUCUUCAGAAGAGGAAGAGGGCUUGGUACGCUGUGUGGAUGGCUCUUCCUCUUCCUUCCGCUCCAAGAAGCCCAUAGUAGGGGUCAUUGGGCCUGGCUCCAGUUCUGUAGCCAUUCAGGUCCAGAACUUGCUCCAGCUUUUCAACAUACCUCAGAUUGCUUACUCGGCAACCAGCAUGGAUCUGAGUGACAAGACUCUGUUCAAGUAUUUCAUGAGGGUUGUGCCUUCAGAUGCUCAGCAGGCAAGGGCCAUGGUGGACAUAGUGAAGAGGUACAACUGGACCUAUGUAUCAGCUGUGCACACAGAAGGCAACUAUGGAGAAAGUGGGAUGGAAGCCUUCAAAGAUAUGGCAGCAAAGGAAGGGAUUUGCAUUGCCCAUUCUUACAAAAUCUACAGCAAUGCAGGGGAGCAGAGCUUUGAUAAGCUGCUGAAGAAGCUCACAAGUCACUUGCCCAAGGCCCGGGUGGUGGCCUGCUUCUGCGAAGGCAUGACGGUGAGAGGUCUCCUUAUGGCCAUGAGACGCCUGGGUCUAGCUGGAGAAUUUCUGCUUCUGGGCAGUGAUGGCUGGGCUGACAGGUAUGAUGUGACAGAUGGAUAUCAGCGAGAAGCUGUUGGUGGCAUCACAAUCAAGCUCCAAUCUCCCGACGUCAAGUGGUUUGAUGAUUAUUAUCUGAAGCUCCGGCCAGAAACAAACCACCGAAACCCGUGGUUUCAAGAAUUUUGGCAGCAUCGUUUUCAGUGCCGACUGGAAGGGUUUCCACAGGAGAACAGCAAAUACAACAAGACUUGCAAUAGUUCUCUGACUCUGAAAACACAUCAUGUUCAAGAUUCCAAAAUGGGAUUUGUGAUCAACGCCAUCUAUUCGAUGGCCUAUGGGCUCCACAACAUGCAGAUGUCCCUCUGCCCAGGGGUUGCAGGACUCUGUGAUGCAAUGAAGCCAAUUGAUGGACGAAAACUUUUGGAAUCCCUGAUGAAAACCAAUUUUACUGGGGUUUCUGGAGAUAUGAUCCUAUUCGACGAGAAUGGAGACUCUCCAGGAAGGUAUGAAAUAAUGAAUUUCAAGGAAAUGGGAAAAGAUUAUUUUGAUUACAUUAAUGUUGGAAGUUGGGACAAUGGAGAAUUAAAAAUGGAUGACGAUGAAGUAUGGUCCAAGAAAAGCAACAUCAUAAGAUCUGUGUGCAGUGAACCAUGUGAGAAAGGCCAGAUCAAGGUGAUACGAAAGGGAGAAGUCAGCUGUUGUUGGACCUGUACACCUUGUAAGGAGAAUGAGUAUGUCUUUGAUGAGUACACCUGCAAGGCAUGCCAGCUGGGGUCUUGGCCCACUGAUGAUCUCACAGGUUGUGAUUUGAUCCCAGUACAAUAUCUUCGAUGGGGUGACCCUGAACCCAUUGCAGCUGUGGUGUUUGCCUGCCUUGGCCUCCUGGCCACUCUGUUUGUUACUGCAGUCUUCAUCAUUUACCGGGAUACACCAGUAGUCAAGUCCUCAAGCAGGGAACUCUGCUACAUUAUCCUCGCUGGUAUCUGCCUAGGCUACUUAUGUACCUUCUGCCUCAUUGCAAAGCCCAAACAGAUUUACUGCUACCUUCAGAGAAUUGGCAUUGGUCUCUCCCCAGCCAUGAGCUACUCAGCCCUUGUAACAAAGACCAACCGUAUUGCAAGGAUCCUGGCUGGCAGCAAGAAGAAGAUCUGUACCAAAAAGCCUAGAUUCAUGAGUGCCUGUGCCCAGCUAGUGAUUGCUUUCAUUCUCAUAUGCAUCCAGUUGGGCAUCAUCAUUGCCCUCUUUAUAAUGGAGCCUCCUGAUAUAAUGCAUGACUAUCCAAGCAUUCGGGAGGUCUACCUGAUCUGUAACACCACCAACCUCGGAGUUGUCACUCCACUUGGAUACAAUGGAUUGUUGAUUUUGAGCUGCACCUUCUAUGCGUUCAAGACCAGAAAUGUUCCAGCUAACUUCAACGAGGCCAAGUAUAUCGCUUUCACAAUGUACACAACCUGCAUUAUAUGGCUGGCUUUUGUGCCAAUCUACUUUGGCAGCAACUACAAAAUCAUCACCAUGUGUUUCUCGGUUAGCCUCAGUGCCACAGUGGCUUUAGGCUGCAUGUUUGUGCCGAAGGUAUACAUCAUCCUGGCCAAACCAGAAAGAAAUGUGCGCAGCGCCUUCACCACAUCCACCGUGGUGCGCAUGCAUGUAGGGGAUGGCAAGUCAUCCUCCGCAGCCAGCAGAUCCAGCAGCCUAGUCAACCUGUGGAAGAGAAGGGGAUCCUCUGGGGAAACCUUAAGGUACAAAGACAGGAGACUGGCCCAGCACAAGUCGGAAAUAGAGUGUUUCACCCACAAAGGGAGUAUGGGGAAUGGUGGGAGAGCAACAAUGAGCAGCUCCAACGGAAAAUCCGUCACGUGGGCCCAGAACGAGAAGACUACCCGGGGGCAGCACCUGUGGCAGCGCCUGUCCAUCCACAUCAACAAGAAAGAGAACCCCAACCAGACGGCGGUCAUCAAGCCCUUCCCCAAGAGCACGGAGAGCCGCGGCCUGAGCGCAGGCGCGGGCGGGAGCGCAGGGGGCGUGGGGGCCGCGGGUGGUGCGGGCUGCGCAGGCGCCGGGCCCUGCGCCGGGCCGGAGCCUCCCGACGCCAGUCCCAAAGCGCUGUACGACGUGGCCGAGGCGGAAGAGCAGUUCCCGGCGCCGGCGCGGCCACGUUCGCCGUCGCCCAUCAGCACGCUGAGCCACCGCGCAGGCUCGGCCAGCCGUACCGAGGACGACGUGCCGUCGCUGCACUCGGAGCCCGCGGCGCGCAGCAGCUCCUCGCAGGGCUCGCUCAUGGAGCAGAUCAGCAGCGUGGUCACCCGCUUCACCGCCAACAUCAGCGAGCUCAACUCCAUGAUGCUGUCCACCGCGGCCCCCAGCCCUGGCGUGGGCGCCCCGCUCUGCUCGUCCUACCUGAUCCCCAAAGAGAUCCAGCUGCCCACGACCAUGACGACCUUCGCCGAAAUCCAGCCUCUGCCGGCCAUCGAGGUCACGGGCGGCGCGCAGCCCGCGGUGGGGGCGCAGGCGGCUGGGGACGCUGCCCGGGAGAGCCCCGCGGCCGGGCCCGAGGCUGUGGCUGGCAAGCCAGACCUGGAAGAGCUGGUGGCCCUCACCCCACCGUCCCCCUUCAGAGACUCGGUGGACUCGGGGAGCACAACCCCUAACUCGCCAGUAUCCGAGUCAGCCCUCUGUAUCCCGUCGUCUCCCAAAUAUGACACUCUUAUCAUAAGAGAUUACACUCAGAGCUCCUCGUCGUUGUGAAUGUCCCUGGAAAGCGCGCCGGCUUGCGUGCGCUGAGCGGAGUGGAGCGGAGCCCCCAGUGUUCACACACACAGUGGCAAGCAUAGUCGCCUGGUUACGGCCCAGGGGGAAUAUGCCAAGUGCACCCCUUGAUGGAAACAUGAGAUCAAUAGUGCUAUCUCACGACAACCGACGACAAAUCUUUUGGCAGAUUUUCUUCUAGUGGCCUUAGAAAACGUGGGCUUUUAAGAAACACUGCUGGUAUCUUUGAGGGCUGACAAGGCGUCUGUUCCAACAGUUCCAAGUGCUUUGCUCCAGGGAAGCAGUGCGUGUGAAACAGCGUAACGAAGGUUUGAAGAGCAUAGUUAAUAAGCAACUGUAAAAAGUUUUAUUUGUUUACUUUAAUUCUUUUCCCAGAAGAGUCUUUGAUUCACCAAACAUGAAUGUACAUUUUCUAACUCAAAAUCUGGGACCAAAACAUCAACUUUUCUCUUUUUUCUUUUUGCUUUUUUCUUUCCUAUAAAGACCUUGAAAAGCAGUAACUUGGGUCCAGUAUUUACUGAGGCGUUGUGAAUGUGUCCCAUGCAUAACACAGUACUGGAAAGUGAGUGCCGCGUUACUGUACUACGUAGGGUUUCUACCAGAGACUCUCCUCUCCAAUUUGGUUGUGAAAUACUCUUCCAAAAGCCUGCAUCGGGAAUUCCACCUACUUAUUUCAGAUUCACCUCCAUUAACCAAGAAAACCAGUGGAAGAUUUCUUGACUAUUUCACCAUGUUGCCAAUCAAUACUGGAGUAGCAAAAAAAUAUUUUCUGGAAUACUGUUUUGUAAUUCCCUCACUGGGGUGCAUUGUAGCUGGAAAUUCUCUUUAUAUUGAUCAUUCUUGAGCUCCAGCCCGGCUAUCUCUUUCAAGAAAAAUGGCCACUCCUUAGGAAUGCUGUUCCAAUUGCAUUGCCAACUAAAAUAUUAAAAUACGCAUUGGGGCUUCUUCAUUCCUUUAUUUUGAGAACCUGAUGCACAAAGAGCUCCUUUGUUCUUUUUGAGUCCCAGCACUGGAAGAGUGGUCCAUAGACCCCAUGAAGACAUUGUCACAAUUUGAGAGACUGUUGUUGAAAGGAUUAACACAAUCUUAAUACACUGAAAAUUUUAAACUGUGUCAAGUCAGCUUAGUGGAGAUUUAGCCACGCCAGUGAGCAGUGAUUUUAACUAUUCUUGGCUGCUUAAACAAGGCAGCUAUGAACUAUGACAAAUGUAGAUUUUUCAAAGCAAUACAAAAUACUAAAAAAGAGGAACCUUAAUGAAUAUUAACCACACAUUCUUAGCCAUUCCAAAAAGA